UCUCCUCCAACACCAACUCCGGUUCAAAUCCGCUACCAGCUUUAGCUGACUGCUGCAAUCACAGCGCACGCAUUUCAUUAACCGGAAGACUCCGUCUGUACGGUGCUAAAGUGCUACUUUAAGAGCUGAAUCUGACUGAAAACAGGCUGUGCCACAUCAGUUGAGUUGAACAGAAAGGACACAGAAGUACAGGGGGGAAACAAGCAGACUGGAGAGGAAGCCAAAGAAGAGAUGUGACAUCAAGUCUCAUCCAGAAGAACUCUAGUUAUGAUGGAGACACGGAUUAGUUUGCACUAACUCAAUCUAACAGCGUAUCCAAUGACCCAAUUGCGUUAUGCUUCCUCUUUACUGAUGCCGAUCACCGGCCCGAUUGGGGAGAGCGAGACUGACACACACCCCCUCCGACACGUAUCCAGUAGCCGACCUCUUCUUUUCACCUGCACGAGCCACAAUGGUACUAGUUCUGUCUGUGACAUCACCAAUGUCCACUGCUACAAACAGUACCAGUGUACCUGAUGGGCAGAAGUCUCAUAUCCUGGUCAUAGUGAUCGUUCUCUCACUGCUUGCACUCAUCGUGGCUCUGGUGGCCUGCUACUGCCUCAGGUUCAAAAGCCGACAAAAAGCUGACAUCACAGUAGUCGACAAGAAGAUACCAAAUGGCAUUCUGGAAGAACAAGAGCAGCAGACUGUGGUCUUGUUACAGAGAUCGCCCUCCACAUCCAAAACCUAUUUUCCCAUUCCUGUAGAAAACCUGGAGGAGGAGUACCGUAUCCGAUCAGCUGAUGAUGGAAAAUUAUUUAGAGAGAAGUAUAAUUCCUUACCAGUAGGAACCCCACAAGGAACGUAUGAUGAGGCAAAUAAAGAUGAGAACAAAGAUAAGAACAGAUACCCCAACAUUUUACCAUAUGAUCAUUCCAGAGUGGUGCUGACACAAGUAGAUGGAAUUCCUCACUCAGACUAUAUAAAUGCUUCGUAUAUAGAUGGCUUCAAAGACAAAAACAAAUUUAUCGCAGCACAAGGACCAAAACAGGAGACUGUUGCAGACUUUUGGAGAAUGGUCUGGGAGCAGAAAUCAGCUACAAUUGUCAUGCUGACUAACUUAAAAGAAAGAAAAGAGGACAAGUGUUAUCAGUACUGGCCUGACAAGGGCUGCUGGACGUACGGGAAUGUGCGAGUGGCUGUGGAGGACAUUACUGUGCUGGUUGACUACACAAUACGGAAAUUCUGUGUGCAGUAUCAGGCUAGUGAUGGCUCUAAAACCCCUCGUUUGGUGACACAACUGCACUUCACCAGCUGGCCAGAUUUUGGCGUGCCCUUCUCACCCAUUGGAAUGCUCAAGUUUCUCAAGAAGGUGAAACAAGUGAACCCAUCAUAUGGAGGUCCUAUCGUGGUGCAUUGUAGUGCUGGAGUUGGGAGGACGGGGACCUUCAUUGUAAUAGAUGCUAUGAUCGACAUGAUGGACACGGAGCAGAAAGUCGACAUUUUUGCGUUCGUGUCCAAAAUUCGAGAACAGAGAUCACAACUUGUACAGACGGACAUGCAGUACUCGUUCAUCUACCAGGCUUUGCUAGAGUACUACCUCUAUGGUGACACUGAACUAGAUGUGUCCUCUCUGGAGGGACACUUGCACAAACUACACAACACCUGCUCAACGAAUGACCGCCUGGGGCUUGAGGAGGAGUUUAGGAAACUGACCAACAUGAGGAUUAUGAAGGAAAACAUGAGAACAGGCAACCUGCCGGCAAAUAUGAGGAAGAACCGAGUGCUCCAGAUUAUUCCAUAUGAUUUCAACAGAGUAAUCCUGUCAAUGAGAAGAGGUCAGGAAUUCACUGACUACAUUAACGCAUCCUUUAUUGACGGCUACAGGCAAAAGGACUAUUUCAUAGCAACCCAGGGUCCUUUGUCCCAAACAGUAGAAGAUUUCUGGAGAAUGGUCUGGGAAUGGAAAUGCCAUUCCAUAGUGAUGCUGACUGAACUCCAAGAACGAGAACAGGACAAGUGCUUUCAGUACUGGCCUCUAGAAGACUCUGUGAAAUACGGAGAUUACACAGUAGAGAUCAAAGCAGAUACUCAGUGUGAUGACACCUUCAGUCUCAGAGAUCUGGUACUCACAUACAACCCGGAGAAGGAGACGCGUUUGGUCCGUCACUUCCACUUCCAUGGCUGGCCGGAGAUUGGAAUUCCAGCAGACGGGAAGGGAAUGAUUGACAUCAUCGCUGCAGUGCAGAAACAGCAGCAGCAAUCAGGCAACCACCCCAUUGUUGUACACUGCAGUGCUGGAGCGGGUCGGACCGGUACGUUUAUCGCCCUCAGUAAUAUUCUGGAACGGGUAAAGGCAGAGGGCCUGCUGGAUGUCUUUCAGACUGUGAAGAGUUUGCGUAUGCAACGGCCACACAUGGUGCAGACUGUGGAACAAUAUGACUUCUGUUACAAAGUGGUACAAGACUUUGUCGACAUUUUCUCAGACUAUGCCAAUUUUAAAUGAUCGAUCUGCCUUAAAAGAAUUUUUGUUUAGAAAAAACAGUUUAUCAGGAUUUUUUUCCCUGGAUAAAUCUGCUUCUAUUUUGCUAUGCACUUGUCCCAUAAAAGAUCAUAUAUAUCUGUAAUAUAAUGUCAUUUACUAAAGCUGCACAAUGUUUUUAACUGUAAGUACAGUCAGUGAUUUUAGGCCUUGUCUGUGUCAUCAGUGUUUUUAAAAUGAUCUUUUUGUUUAAACCUGUGUAAUUCUUAUUAAUUAAUUCUUAUUUUUUUAACCUGUGUAAAGUUUGUAAAGCUGUAUGUAUUGUACAUUUAUUUAUGUGUUUUUUUUGUUUUGCUUUCAGUCCAUUCUUACUCAUUUAAAUUUUGUUUUGUUGAUUUAGAUUUUUUUGUAUUUAUUUAGACCUAAUGUGAUACAUUAUAAUAACUUAUACCAAUGACAGUGUCAUUUUUACCUUAAGAUCUAACCAAUGCAGCCAUAAACAUGUUUAAACAAGUACAUUUAUAAUAACUCAGUGAAAGAUUUUUAUAAGAAUAAGCUUAAGAUGAUUUAAACCUAACCACCCUUAACCAUCUGCUGCCAUUUCUUGUACGAGAUGUGUAAACAGUAUUGUUAAUGGCUGUUACCUUUAUGUUGUUAAAACCAGGUAAAAGCGGCACAAAUUUUUAAAGCACACUGAUUAAUGUUUAUUAUACAAUGCCAAGGAUUACCAAUGAAAAAGA